CUUCAUUCGCCUUGCUCAUUGCUUGCGCGCACCGUUGCGCAUACGGCGCACAUUUCCAGCGCAUUGUAAGACGACAUGUCUUCCGAUAGUAGAAGCUAUUUUCGGCCGAAAACUAUGCACCAUCAUUCUGGAAGCAGAGUAGCUUCAUCAUACGAACAUGAUGACGUUUUCGUACUGUCACGGAUAUGAAUACUGAGAGAAUUUAUUGAUACUGACGAAUGGCAGUAGAAAUAUUUGACGCCGACCAUUUGGCCAUAUCUGCCAUCGUUACCGUUGGACUGCAAUUCAUUUUCUUUGUCAUCGCAGCAACAUUUCAUUUCGACAAAUUAACAGAUUUCGCUGGUGGUGCCAACUUUAUUAUACUGGCCUUGACUGUAUUUGUUUUAUCCCAGACUUAUAGCCCAAGGCAGUGCCUCACCACUGGUCUCGUCUGUUUGUGGGGUGUGCGCCUAUCAACAUUCCUCCUUUUCCGGAUUAUCAAAAUUGGUAGAGAUGAGAGAUUUCAAGAAGCUAGCAAGAAUAUUGUACGUUUCGCCAUCUUCUGGACCUUUCAGGCGGUAUGGGUGUACACUGUCAGCCUGCCUGUCAUCUUUGUAAACUCACCGCGCAAGGCUGAGCCCCUGACGGAUGCCACCAUGACCCGGCUCGACAUGGCCGGUACCAUUGUGUUUGUCAUUGGCUUCCUCUGUGAGGCCAUGGCAGAUGCCCAGAAGUACAGCUACCGGCAAAACACGUCCAAUGCCAGGCACUGGUGCGACGUUGGGUUGUGGAAGUACUCGCGGCACCCCAACUACUUUGGGGAAAUCACGCUAUGGUGGGGAAUCUUCCUGAUCUCUACCAAUGUGCUCAGGGGGGCCGAAUGGGUGGCUGUACUCAGCCCCCUUUUCAUCACAGCCAUCAUCCUUUUCCUCAGUGGAGUACCCCUGCUGGAGAACAGCGCCGACAUACGCUAUGGCUGCAUGGAGGAGUACCAGCGGUACAAGCGAACCACCAGCCCCUUGGUGCCACUGCCUCCAGGACUCUACAGAGAGGAGGCGACUGCACUGUGAUGCCAUGACACAGAAUGUGAUCACAUGGGAGGGCGACAUCACAACAUUUUGGCACCGGCUCACCUGGCAGUCUGUUAUGCUGCUACUCAAUGCACAGCCCAAGGUAUCAGGUGUGUAUGCAUCAUGAUGCAUACACCCCCUAUGAAAGGAAACUGAAACUUGUUCAUGCAAAGCUAUUAUACCAGGUGUUUAUGCAAAGACCUUAAGCAAUCUAAAAAAAAUUGCCUGUGGCAAAUAGCACAACUCUAGUUCUUGAGCUGGUCUACUAGAAAAUGCAGACAUUACUUGCUUAAGAAGUCAAAAUAGAUAAUUGACUAAUUAACAAAAUUUGACUAAGUUUUUAGCUAACUACCUGUACAUAUUUUGGCACAUCUUGCAUUUGACAAAUUGUAGCCAGGGGGGGUUCACAAGGCAGAGCCACUUGGAAUGAAUUCUCAGGAUUACACUAGUUUCAAGUAAUUAAUACCUGAACUUUGCAAAGAAAUACAUUGGCGGUCCAGUUACUUUUGUGCUUCAAUGCAUCAGAUAGUGCUCUGGUAAAAUGGUAGGUGGAACAACAGUGCAUUUUUGCUGUAAAUUUGAUGGCAUAUAUCUUGAAAAUGGUGUCAUCCACAGAAUUCUUUUUAAGUGGCUAUGCCUAGCAGUCUCACCGGCUACAAUCUGUAAAUUGCAUUAUGUGCCGUACGGUAAUUUGUUAAAAGCUUUAUUUGUGAAUUUUGUUAGUCGAUUACACAUUUCACUUUCUCAUGCAAGUAAUGUACUCCUCUUCGAGUAAACCAGCUCAAGGACUAGAACUGUGCUAUCUGCAACAGGCAAUUUUUAAAAAUUGCGUAAUGUAUUCCCAGGAACACCUGGCAUAGCAAGUUAUUUAGGGUUCAGGCUUUCCUGUACUUUUUCUGCAGUUUCAAGGCUCAGGAUCUUCACUUAACACAAAAAAAUGUAAAUAAAAAAGUCUAAAAUGUGAUGUCAGUACUAGUUUAAUAACUGAAAACAUUCAUCGCUGAAAACUCACUAUGUAAGCACUGCUGUGUUGAUGGGUUAGUGAAGAUCAAAAGUCGAGCAAAUUCUUAAGAGGCCUUCAGCUCUGCCUCGAUGAAAAAUGUUCCUGGACGGUUAUCUCAAUUCUUAGUGACAUUAAGAAUGAGGGGAUUUAUUAUUUUUUUUAAAUAGGCACACAUGCAAAACAGGGACGUGAGAAACAUUAAAAGUACAAUGCACCAAUGCGUCCAUUUUUUGUAGGCCUGCCUUUCUAAACCACAAAUCCCUACUGACUUGCUCGGCUUUGUUGUUCUGAGUGGGGGAAUCACUUUUACAUGGCUUUGAAAAAGAGAAUAUUUAUUUAGCAUAAUUACGGUUUUUGAUUUUCCAUAGUGUCCAUCUGACAUGACAAUUAAAUGUGUGAAAAAUAUAGUACGAGUGGUUGAAGGCUGCUACAAAAUCUUAUUUUGCCUCUUUUUGUUGUUAAAUGCAAAUAAAACAGAGGAUACAACAAUGUAGAGCGAUUGCUGCACUUAGAUUAUUAAACACGUCUAUAAAUUUAUAAUUAGCAAUGACAGACUAGUGCAUCAUCCCUUUCUUAAUGCAUAUCUUCUUGCUCUUGGUUUCAUAAUAUGUUGAAAACAUUUAUUUUGCAGUGAUAAUAUCAAGAUGCCCUAUUUUGUUAACAGCUGGUUAUGGCUUUAAAUAAGCUAAGGGGUGUUCAGGUCUAAUGAUACUGCAAAAUGCUAAAGUGCUCUUGUCAUAUUUAACUUGUAGGUAAGAUCUUUCCAUUCUGGAUUGUGUCAUUUGCAUCUCGGUAAAACGGGAGCUCUAGCCUGGCUGACAUGCCAAAUUAUUCCGAUUGUUGGCUGAAUGUCUUUUAUUAAAAACGUAACUUUAAUCUGUUUAUGUACUAAGUAAACAGUAACUAGUCAGUACUGGUCUAAUAAUUUUGCUUUUCUGCUUUCACAUUAAGUUUAUUAUAGAAUAGGCUUGACAAAUCUGUUAAGUAAUCACUACCAGUUCACACAUGGUUUUGUGUUUUCAUAAGUUAGUGUGAGCACACUAAAUAUUUGGUCUCUGACCACAAAGCUAGUAGUUGAUUGCAGUAAAUUAGAACUGGGAGCUACAGUAGCUAAUGAGAUAUGGUUACAACUGCUAAGGAUUUUUCCCGUGAUUGAACCACACAAAAACAGACUGACACUGUGAUGCAGCCCAAUGUGCAGAGCUCAUUUAAAGACUGUCCUAUUUGGAAAACUGCAGAAAUUGGACGAUACAGACAUAAGAGUAGCCCUAGCUGCUUUGCAUAGUUUUCUUUGCCUUUACAAGCUGGCAGCGUUUCUUGAACUUCAUAUUUUUCUAUAGCAUGUGCUAUUAGCAUAUUAAUAAGUUUGAACUCUUCCAAAAGAUUCCAAAUGGCCAAUCACACUCUUUUACAAGUUGUUGAAAACAUAAGUUACUAUAGAGGUUUGACUCCUGCUACUGCAGCAGCUAAAUCCCUAGUCUGUACAAGAAUUCUCAGAAUUAUUUCUGCAUUUACAGUAGUACAAUGGCUUGCAGGCCUUUUUCACUGAAACGUGUUUACAGAUCAUACCAUGUUUGCCAAAAAUAUUUUGUCUUGCAGCUUACUACCUGUAAGCCAUGUAUGACAAAUGUGUUGCCAAUGAUGCAUUGAACAGCAGGUUUACCAACACACAAUGUCAGCUUGGUUGACCUAACUUAAUUUUGCCUAUUGGAUAGAAAAUGUUUACAUUUCGUACAGGGGUUUGGAGUUUUCACACCCAAGUAACCAUAGGUAUCCAGGGCAUAUUCUAUAAACUCCAAACAUCCAGUGUCAAGACAGAAUGCACGGGGCUAUCCAUCAGUAAACAUUUAUAUUGAACUUUAACUGAAUAUGUGAACGGCAUCGAUAAAUGUCUUUUAAAAUAUUUAGACAGAUUUGUGAAUGCUCUGAGCAGACCUCGAGCGUCAUGGCAGCUUCACUCCGCCCUUCCUAAACACUUAUCCUGUGCAUUUUGCGAGACGUACAGAACAUAGGCUAGGCUCAGGAAAAGUGUGAACCUUGCUUGUCUGGAGGAUCUUCUUUUGAGCCCGGAAAAGAAAAUGCUCACUAAGGAUACAUCGCAUCAAGUACAAACUGUGGAAACUUCGUCACAUUAAAUCGUAACUAUAUAUACUUCUCUGGGCAUAUAAAGGCAGUCUUAUACCUCAUCUUAAAGCACAUAAGAGUGGACACUGUGACCAAACCCUUGUAUCAAAAAUAUAAUGGCUUACGACAUCCUUUUCUUAAAAAUAUAAUGCCUCACUUGAUGCAUGAUACACGUAGUGGUCUUGCAUUACAUAGUGGAACACAACUGCAUACAAUUGUGCUCAACAACUAUAGUUUAUACAUGGCACUGGCACAGCACACAUAACAGGACAAGAAAGUGAGAGUUUGUCUCAAUUUCUUGUCCCAUGUUGUGCGCUGUUUCUAACUGUGUAAAAUUAAUCGUUCCAGGGGACACAUUACUCACUAUAUGAUAAGGGUGUGCAAGUACUGGGUUUGAAACACGACUGGUUAUGGAUCAUAUAGUCACAGUACCAAAUCGAACAGCACAUUUCCACUCGACACCUUUCCAAUUGAUAUUUCAACAUCAUUGUACCAGAAUUUCCUAUGGUCUUGCCAGGCAUUCAUAAAUCUGCCAUAUAUCCUAAAGGAAUGUGUAUUGUACGUCCCGUGGUUAUCCGAGGUUACAUGGGAAAGUGAUGCAAACUUUCCCUAAUAUGUCAGUAACCUGCGAAGACUUUUUCUGCAAUGAUGAAGGAUAUGUCACACUUUUGUUUUCCAGCAACAAACGUUCCUAUGUUGCUCCAAUUCCAGAGCAGAUCCUUUUAAUAUACCUGAUUUUUACCUCAACCCCAAUGUACAACUUUACAAUAUGUAUAACUUUUGCCUAUAUUGUUAAUAAAUGGUGCUUACCCUGUUGUC